GAAAAAAAGAAGUCUGCCAAUCAGUGAGCGAAUCUUCAACAAAAGCCCCAUAAAUUAGCCCGAUGUGCUGGGCGCUGCCAGAAUUUCCCUGUCGUGUGUCCAAAUCUCACCCAAAUAUUUACGACAGCGGCGAAAGCAGCGCUCGACUCACUGGGACGUAUUUCCUUGCGCUCCAGGAAGGAUGUUGAUGAGCGAGGAUUGAAUUUCUCUCUUUAAACCCGUGAUGUUUGUAACCCAAUUAGAAGCCGUCUCAGUGCAAUUGGCUGAACUUUGGUGGCCGAAAGUGGACAGUUUCUCGUUAUCUGGAUGCUUUCGUACGCACACGCACAGAUUUUGUAUGUGAGUGUGCGAGCGAGCGUGUGUGCCCACGUGUGCACACGUAUGUGUUGAGGUCGAAAAGUGAAUGAGAAGUUACUGAUUGCCUAAUUUUAUUCAGCAGAACGAAAUUCUGGUAACUUUUGGAUGACCUCUGCGAGACAAAGACAGGACAGGUCUAUUGUACAUCAUAUUGCCCUCUUCUUUGAUGUCUUUUCUUUUCCUCGCCUCCUUAUCGGUUCCCUCCCUUCAAGUCCCGCUCCGACUCCUCGCUCCGCAUCUCUCUCGAGGUUUUAUUCGUACCGGAGCCCGGCGGCCAUCCCGCCCGGCGGAUGGGGCGGGGGGGCGAGCGGGGGGGAGGUGAGGGCUCUGCUCAGACAAAGGCUGCCCGCACCUGGGGGCAGGGAGGCGGCCGCACGCGGGGAAUGGCCCCAAAACUCCGGGAUCGGCCCCGGAGGGCGAACCCCGGCGCGGAGGGGUCACUCAGCUCCGCGUAUAUUAUUUAGUUAAAUUCGUGGAAAUUCUGAGGCGCACACAAAUCCGGUGAUCGGCUCCCCGCCUCCCCAUUGGCCGGGCCGGUCACAUGCACGCCUAACUUUAUUCAGUUGACAGCAAGUAGGAGGGCUCUAUGGAAGGAGAAAAAAAGACAACACGAGAAAAAUUAGUAUUUUCUACCUUCCGAAAUUAAUGGCCAUGAGUUCGUAUAUGGUGAACUCUAAGUAUGUGGAUCCCAAAUUUCCUCCUUGCGAGGAAUAUUUGCAGAGCAGCUACCUAGGCGAACAGGGGGCCGAGUAUUACGGGGCCUCGCAGGGCUCCGAUUUCCAGCACCAGGGGCUCUACCCACGGUCAAACUACAGCGAGCAGCCCUUUGGCUGCGCCGGUGCCCAGGGCUCCGCCGUGCAGCCGCGGGGUCACGGACAGGAGCAGUCCGCCCCUCCGAGCCACUUCCCCGGCCAAGCCGAGCAUUGUCCUCCGCCUCCAAUGUCCAACUCCCGAGCCUGCGGCCAGCAGCCAGCCCUCAAAGCCCCCCACGGGUCAGCAGUUAAGCAGCCAGCAGUAGUUUAUCCCUGGAUGAAGAAAGUCCAUGUUAACUCGGUGAACCCCAAUUACAGCGGAGGGGAACCUAAGCGCUCCCGAACAGCUUACACCAGGCAGCAAGUCCUAGAACUGGAAAAAGAAUUUCAUUUUAACAGGUACCUGACCCGGCGCCGCCGUAUCGAGAUAGCGCACACUUUGUGUCUCUCUGAGCGCCAGAUCAAGAUCUGGUUUCAGAACAGAAGAAUGAAGUGGAAAAAAGACCACAAACUGCCCAACACUAAGGGCAGGUCUUCCUCCUCCGGUUCUAACCCCCACUUACAGACUGUUCCCAAGGACCAUCAGACUGACUUGACAACUUUAUAGAAGAGGUGACAUUUUCCAUUUCAUCCUUCGAUUCUGACCAGUACUGUACAUAAGUGACACUAUCCAAGCAGAACCUGCGUGUAGCAGCCAAGGAGUCGAGAAACUGCCAUCUUUCCAUAAGGUACUGUGGUACAAAGGAGACUAAAUGACGCUACUUCGGACUUUUAUUUUAUUUGCCUCUCGCUAGCACAGAAAGAAAGAAAAAAAAAAAAGCAUCAUACAGGCAGUAGGAAUUGGGAAAAUAUUAAACGAGACCUUCUGUCCAUAAAAAGUAAUAAAUCAUUGAAAAUGAAACUGUCCCGUGUUUCAGUUUUGGAUUUGAAAGUGAAGGUUCGAUGCUUUAUUCUGGGAUUUUUGCUUUUAAUUGUCUUUUUAUCCCAGGCAGCGAGUGCGAUGCUUUUGGGGCAAGUUGAGGACAGGACAUUUAUGGCAUAGUCCUUCUUUGAACACAAAGACUCGCGAUUGUGAACUUUUUUUUGUGCUGCUUUACCUUUCUUGGUGUGAUGAAAAUUACUCGCUCAUUUCCAUAAUUUUCAGAAGCUGUGCAUAGGAAUUAAGUGAAAACGGGUUAUUUUGUGUCCUGAUGGUGUUAGCGUAUUUAUUUAUUUGUUACGUAGAAGAGUGAAGAUAAAAAAAAAAGAAAAAAAGAAAAAAAGAAAAAAAGUCAAACCAAAAAAUGGGAAAAAGGGCUGAAAUGCAGCAUCUCUACUUCCCAGUCUCACGAGCCCACGUAUGAUGUUUACUUGUCUUGAACGUACACAACUUUCUGGUCCCAUUUUAUGCAUUUCUUCCUUUGUGGAGAAGCGUCCCUGCUCCUUACCGUGUGCCACCGGGACUAACGGGCUCGAAAUCUCUUCCCAAAGUCUGCCCUGCUCGGCGCUGUACUUUUAACCAGCAAUACGUCAUUUAAAAGGCAAAAAUAAACCACAAAGAAAACCCCGGAGUGAAAAAUCAAUGUGAUUUCUGGGAUGGUUCAGAGCUCAAAGCUACAUGCCUUAUUUCUGGCUGGGUUUAGAUUUAUUUUCUACCCAACAGAGGGACGGGCUGUAUGGGUUGCUGGUUCGGUUUUGUGCUUUGUUUAUUGAGAUUUUUUUUUUUAAUUUUGGUCUACGUUACGUUUGUUGGGUAGGUUUGGUUCGGGUUCUUUUCACAUGGGCGGUGAUUGUUCUUAAGCAACCCUCGACACAUGGCUGAAACUGUUGAAAAUCUCAGCAAGUUAUCGAGGGAAGGAGGGGAGGUUUGCACGGGAGCAGAGCUGCUCUUAAACCACGUAUUUGCCUAUGGCUGCUGCUCGUAUCGUGCCAAAGUUGCAGUGAGCUGAGCCUGCGUUUUGAGUCCCAACCCAGCCAAACCUGCCCCUUUACACCCUGCUCGUGCGAUCUAAGCUCAGCCCUUAUCUCCCUUCCCCGAGGGCAGCCUGGAAGAGGGACCAUCGCAUGGAGAUUUUAACUAGAUGAUCGCAUUAUUAAAGGGAGAAGGGAAAAGAAGGAAAGCCGGAGCAAGUGCUGAAGCUGCACUUCUGUAAAGGGAGGUUGAAACAUCGGUGUAAGUGCUCGUGUCUGGGCUGAGUGCUAAACCGAGGACUCGCUGCUUCCCCAGCUCACUCGGGAAAACACUGCAAAAACGGGCAUGAAUAAAUUCGAAAAUAAAGGGCGAGCUUUUCAAAACGAGGGCAUUCGGCGGGAUUAACUAUGGGCAGCGGUUAAUUUCUGCCCUUUUCUCAUCCCUAGUAGUCCGCACAGUGUCUUGUAAGACUUGCUCUUUUGUUUUAGAGCCCGGAGAAAACUCUUUGUUCCUCCUCGGGGUUAGCCCAGUUCUCAGACUUGCACAUGGCAAUACUUGAAUAUCUCCACGUCGUGAUAUUAAAGAUGGAUAUUCCCGCAUUAUUCGCAUCAUUGUUUCUACGACAAAAAGCGCGGAGUUCAUACAUAGUAAAGACGUCUUUUUUUCUGACGCCUUCACGUUGAGAAGCUGAAAAGGUAUUUUACUGAAGUUCGGCUAAAUUGCAGGAACAGGUUCACCCAGAGGACAAAUUUUCUAUUCGAUUAGUUGUAUUUCAGCCGGGAAGAGUGACCUCUAAACCCUUAACCUUUUGGACCCAAACUGCUCUUCCCUUUCUCUGCCAUGGAGAGCAGAUCGCAGCGGCGCUUGGGGAGGGAAUUCCUCAGGCAAGUUUUCAAGUUUUGUUCCAUCCAAUUCCUGCGUUUCGUCUCCGGAGCUGACCGAAGCCCUCCCUUCUCCAUGCGAACCUAGGAUAAAGGGGGAGGAAAAAAGAAGAAGAAGAAGAAGAAAAGAAAGCAAGAAAUAAACAACCCUCUCUCUGGCUGCUCCCCUUGAAAAUACCCCUCCCGGCCCCCCGCUGCCCUCGCUCAAAGUCUGUGACAAGUUGGCUCGGAGCGGGGAGACCGCGGUACUUGGGGGGGAGAUACCAAGUUUGGCCUCUGUGGUGCCAGGCCGGAAAAUAAUGUCCCGGGAUAAGCAGACCUCGCUUUGUGCUCCUUAUCGUGAGAGAUCGCUCCCCAAGUUAAAGGGCCAAAUUCUGCUCCCAGCUUUCCUUCCCCCGCCCACUACAGUCAAACAAGGAUGUAGCUGCGAGCAGAAUUUGGCUCAUUGCCUUUUGAAAUGUUAAUAUCUCCGGGACGAGUGUUGGCUUCAGCAGGCGCGGCUCCCAUAGCCCUCUGCACGUCCCUUUGAGCGAGGCCGGGGCACCGCAAGUUUACAGAGUUGUCAUUGCUCUGUAAGGCCCGGGAAUAUGGGAGCUGGGGGCAGAAAGCACCAACGCAAAUAAAUGGAUUCCAGCUGCCAAUGCUCCGAAGGGUCAGGAAUGCGGGCAAUAACGACCAGGAGCACCCACUGGCCAUUAUCUCCCGUGGAGAAGGAACCCGAGAUUUAUUUUUUAUGAUUUUUAACUUUCUUCCAGGGUCGUUUUAUGCGGGAGAGGGAACCCCUUAUUUUCAUCAUGGAUGAAACAUGGUGUACCGAAGCCUUUGUUAAAUGCUCGCGUUGCCCAGCAAUACUCUGGUCUCUGUUAAAGUGUGAUGUUUUACAGACUUUACAAAUGUUUUGCUGCCGUUGAUUAAAGCGUUAUUUAUACUAAUUGUCGCCUGUAAUUUUGAUGUAAGCCCUCCAUACACAUUUUAAAUAAUAAAAGGUGUAGAGAAAUAGAUUCUGUUUUGUACCUUGUACCAGCAGUCCCUACGAGGCGGGUCCGUGCAAAAAGCCUGUCCCUCCCUUCAUUACCAUGCUAAGAGAUGAGUGACUCCACAUUGCAUCCGUCCAAAUGUCCCUUUGAACAGGUUUGCCGAUGGCCCCGCCAUCGUGGUGUGACUCCAGGCCAAGCUGGAGCCUGUAUUUACAUUGAGGCUGCAGUUAAAAGCGCCUGCCACCCAUUUGCUGCUGCUUUGCAUUUAACAAGCCCUCCUAGAACGACUGCCGGGUAUGUGCGUGUGUGGUGGGAGCGGGAGCCCCACCUGAAGCCACCUCUAUCCCCUCACAGACGUGUGGCUCCGGGAAGCACGACGUCAAGCUGAAAAUACGGCGCAACGCCAAGCUGAAAAUACAGCGCAG